GUGAAAUAAGACAUCAUGCUACAGAUGUCACGUGACACUAGUGAUGUUGCACCAAUUUCCCUUCUGGAUUCAACCAAACCAUUUCACAGCACACUUCAGACAUUUCAGGGGUUUUUUGCCACCUCUGAAAGCGAUGAUGUGAACAUAUUCUACUGUGUUUUCAUUCAUUACACUUCGUUCCCCCUCUGCUGUCCUCUGAGACUGUUUUUGCUGCAGCACAAAGACUACAGCGCGUGUGCUGAUCCACUAUGCAGAAAAACUACCACAAUUAGCCGCCGAAACCUUUCGUUCUCCCUGAAGAGUUCUUUUUCAUUUCCCCCUCAUUGUUUCUUCUUGCCAUUUCCAAGGUGUAUAAUGCAAGCGCUGCUGGAGGCUGUGCAGUACCUGCACGCUCUGGACAUUGUGCACCGGGACCUGAAACCUGAGAACAUUCUCUUGGAUGAUCAAGGUCACAUCAAACUGUCUGACUUUGGCUUCUCUGUGCAGCUACAGCCUGGAGAGAAGCUCAGAGAGCUCUGUGGAACACCUGGUUAUUUGGCCCCUGAGAUCCUGAAAUGCUCCAUGGAUGAAAUGCAUCCAGGCUAUGGCAAAGAGGUUGAUCUAUGGGCGUGUGGAGUCAUCCUCUUUACGCUGCUGGCCGGCUCACCGCCAUUCUGGCACCGCAAACAGAUGCUAAUGCUGAGGAUGAUCAUGGAGGGCCGCUACCAGUUCAGCUCGCCGGAGUGGGACGACCGAUCUGACACAGUAAAGGACCUGAUUUUCAGGUUGCUGGUGGUCGACCCAGCUGCUCGGCUCACUGCAGAGCAAGCCUUAGCUCAUUCCUUUUUCAGAAAGUACCAGAGGGAGGACGUGCACCUCUUCAGUCCCAGGAAGACAUUUAGGGUUUUGAUCGUAAGUGUGCUAGCCUGUAUCAGGAUUUACAGCCGCUUCCGCAAGGUUCGGCCACUCACCCGAGAGGUGCUGGCCAGGGAUCCCUACUCACUCCGUGGCAUCCGCAAGCUCAUCGAUGGCUGCGCUUUCCGCAUCUAUGGCCACUGGGUGAAGAAAGGGGAGCAGCAGAACCGCGCGGCGCUCUUCCAGAACACCGCCAAAAUUGUGCUGCUGGGCCUGGAGGAAUUUGAGACAUAGAAAAGGUCAAACUCAUUCCCUAUCCUCGUCGGUUUAUUUUAUUUAACUCUGUUUAUGUUAUUUUUGUCUCAUCCAGAUUCUGAUUAAUGUGCAAUCUGUUGGGGUGGAGAAAUGUGUGCAAGUUCAACAUGCAUGCGAGAGUUGAUGAUGUUUAUCUGUGUUUUGAUCCAAGAUGGUAGCUGUUUGAAGCUCUUUUAGUUGGCAUCAUGUCUGCAGUGCACUUUAGCAAAGGACACCAGUCCGAUAGAACCAUCAGAUAUGUAGAUGGUGUGUUCAGGAUUUUACCUGCUAACUGUUUAAUUAACACGUUCCCAAGUGAAUUGGAAAUGAGAGCUUUAGGAUGAAUAAUUUUUAGAUUUGUUAUUUUAAAACUGUUUUACUGAUGUUCCAGAGUUGCACAUGAGUGCUGUAGAACGUGUGUGUGUGUGUGUGUGUGUGUGUGUGUGUGUGUGUGUGUGUGUGUGUGUGAGAGAGAGAGAGAGAGAACUAUGUGAAACAUAAUUCUGUAAUUGUCACGCCUGCCUUCCUCAAGUGGAGAACCGCUCGCUCUGACUAUAAAAUCUCUUCUUUUUCCCGUUCUGAUAAAAAGUAACGCUUUUAUUUUGAAACUUGCCUGGCUGCAUGAGAAAUGCACAAGCACAGGUAUGAAUCAUUCUGUAUGUGCACAAACAUGUUUUAUUAAAACAAAUAUUUGAAUUGUCUUAACUUCA